AUCGUAUACUUAGAUCUUUAAUUUUCACUAGAGAAUUAUACUAAUUCUGUAGAGAUUAUGGGUCAGGAGACUGAAGAGAAAUAUCUAAAGAACAUUAGAUCUUAUGCCUCGAAACAUUAUCAGAAUCAGCCAUUAUCUAUUUGGCAUAGACUCCCAAUUUCAAGACGUUCUUCAGUAUUUAUUCUCCUCUUUAUGGGUCAAUUGGGUGAAUUAAGAGUACUCUUAACCAAAAGAUCAUCUAAAUUGAGGAAUUUUCCUGGACAUAUCUCUUUACCAGGUGGAAAAGCCGAUACAGGGUUAGAAUCAGAAUGGCAAGUGGCAAGACGAGAAAUGGAAGAAGAGAUCGGAAUUAGUAUCAAUAAUGAAUUCUUAUUAAAAAAUUAUGGAUUUGAAAUUGAACACCUUAAUAUUUUACCAAGUUAUUUGAGUAGAACAUUUUCAUCAGUCAGACCAUGUAUUGGAUUUAUGAAAUUCACUGAUGCUGAUGCAAUCAAUAAACAAAAUAUUAUCAAUUUGAAUCCUGGUGAAAGUUCAAGCGUAUUUAGUUGCCCAUUAAGAGAUUUCUUAUAUCCAUUGAUUAAGGAUGAACCUUUAGAAAGUUUAGAAAGAAAUAGUUAUAAAGUGAAAUGGGGAGGAAUUCCAUGGGAUUUGAGGACUUAUACAUUUUUACAAUCUAAUGAUAGAGAAGUUCCAUGGUUAAAGAAGAUUGUAGAUUUAUCCGCAUCGGAAAUUGAGUCAGAUGAAGAUCAAUUGGAAUUGGAAGAACAAUUAUCUGGAGAUGAUGUAAAAGAGGUUACUUCUGAAUCAAUUGGAUCUAAUAUAAAAACCAGACAACGGAAAUCAACUUCAAAGCCCAAGACCAAAAGAGUCAAGAAAGAUUUAUCAUCAUGGGGUAGAUUAGGUUCGAGAAGGCAUGAAGUGACAAAUGAAAAGAUCUAUGAUGUUUGGGGAUUAACAGCAAACAUCUUACAUGAUUUAGCUACUAUAGCAUAUAUAUCUGAAGGUGAUGGAUCAUCAAUAAAGAGAGAAAUUGGAGAAGAAGAACUCAUUUAUAGUAUAUUUGAACAUGGUAAACAAAUGAGAGUAAAACAACGAUCAGAAGAAGAAACUAAAUUAAUUCAAGCUGAAAGUUUACAAGAACCUUUUGGAUUUAAUGAUAUCUUACCAAGAACCGAAUUUAAUAGAUUGAAAAAUUUAUAUAAGCUUUAAUAGUAGUUAGGACAUACUUAAUAUAUUUAUUAUACGGAGUUCCUCAUCUGC